AUGGGAAACGUUUUCAGUGUCCCCAUCUUCUUCAUCGUCUUCCGAGAGGUCAUUGAAGCGGCCAUCAUCAUCUCGGUCUUGCUCGGCCUCGUCGAAUCCCUGGUUGACAAGCCCGUCAACGAAGGCGAUUCGCUCGACCGCGAUGAAGCCGUCAAGAAGCGGCUCGUGAGGCGGAUGAGAAUACAGAUCUGGGCUGGUGCUGCCGUCGGCAUGUUCAUCGCUCUGUGCAUCGGUGCCGCUUUCAUCGCUGUUGUAAGUCUUCUUUCGGCAUACCUGCUCGCACAAGAACGAGGAAGAGUUUUUCUUUCGGGUGCCGAGGUCUUGCCGCUGAUCGCCGACCUCUGGACGUCACGCCUUCCAUACAGUUCUUCACGACGCUGAACGAUCUCUGGGCCAAGUACGAGGAAAUCUGGGAAGGCACCUUCUCUCUCGUUGCAUGGUGAGUAUUACACGUGAACCGAACACUUUUGCCCUUUGCCAGGAGCUGAUAAAAUCUUCUUCUCCGUGCCCGUGCUACCCCUGCAGCCUCAUUAUUUUCAUCAUGGGUAUCACCAUGCUGCGCAUCGACCGAUCCAAGCUCAAGUGGAAACGUAAGCUCGCCAAUGCCUUUGACCAAAAAGUCGUUGCCGACAGCGAGGUCGACGUCAAGGACCAGCGAGAGGCACGCAGUGGCAAGUGGUCGCUCUUCCUCUUGCCCCUCAUCACCGUGCUGCGAGAAGGUCUCGAGUGCGUCGUCUUUGUCGGUGGUGUCUCGUUAGGUCAAUCGGCCAGGUCGAUCCCGCUCGCUGCCAUCGUCGGUCUCAUUUGUGGUCUUAUUGUCGGUUGUGAGUUACAUCCCUGGCUGCUUGCGGUAUUUUCCGCACCGGGAACCCCUAAUUGAUCCGACUCGCUCGAUGUCGGCAGACUUGAUCUACGCUGGUGGAUCUCGUUCAUCUCUGUCCGCCUUUCUCGUCAUCUCCACCAACAUCCUCUUCCUCCUCGGUGCCGGUCUCCUGUCCAAGGGUGUCGGAGCUUUCGAAAGGUAUCACUUCAACAAGGGUGUCGGCGCCGACGUGUCAGAAUCUGGUGAUGGUCCCGGUUCUUACUACGUCCCUGGUAAUGUUUGGCAUCUCGAGUACGGAAACCCUGAGAACACCGCCAACGGUGGGUGGGGUAUCUUCAACGCCAUUCUCGGUCAGUUUCUUCUUUUCCCUCCUAUCCUUCUCGGGCCAUGUCGACUGACGUUCAUGCUCGUAUUACGUACAGGCUGGACCAACAACGCCACGAUCGGCACGAUCGUCUCCUACUGCUUGUACUGGAUCGCCGCCGUCGUCGUCCUCGUCUACAUGAAAUGGUCCGAAGGGCGAUGCGCCAUCUUCGGUCUCGAAUCCGCGGCUUACAAGCGUAGGCAACAGGCUCGUUUGGAGAAGAGCAAGUAUAUUGCCCCGCUCGAUUCGCCGAUGAAUAAGGAGGUCGAUAGUAUUGAGAGGGCUGAUUCGUCCCAAGGGUCGCACUCGACGGUCAAGGUGCAGUAG